UUGAUUUUGAAUUUGAAUAUUUCUUAUUUAAGAAUGAUAAUAAAGGAAAUUGGAUUUUUUCUGCUUAUAUUUCCAGUGCAUUUAAAAUCCUCUGAUAUAUCCACCAUAUAUAAAAUGAAUCGCAAUUUGCCAGUUCCAAUUUGUAAUAGUGAACAUUAUUGCGAGGAAAAUACAUUAUAUUAUCCAGACAAAAUAAUAUCACAGGAACUAGAAAAAUAUCCCCACUUGCGAUAUUAUGCAAAUACAAAUGAGAUAAUAUAUCCUGAAUUCGAAGACAAAUCAGAAGAAGAAUCACUUUGUAUCUCUAGAGAACAAAUUAUAUUCCCCAAAUCAGGUCUAACAAAAGAAUUGGAAUGGAAAUAUAUCGUAAAUCAUAUAAACUUGACACAAGCUAUCCACACGGAGAUAUGUCUGGAAAAAGGCAGACCAUGUAGAAUAAUCGAAGGUUUCGCUGAAGGAUAUUAUACAAAAUGUAAACAAAAAUUCAUAUAUCAUCAACUUUUGGCAGUAGCAUCAAAUGGUUCCAUAAUACCGGAAUUAUUUCGAUUUCCAACAAAUUGUUAUUGUCACAUCGAUUUUGAAUCUGAUAGAUUUUUGCGUUCAUUAAGAUCUAAUAAUUAAUGAGAAUAAACGAUGUAAUAUAAAAUAUGAUAUAAAAUUAAAAGGUGUAUAUUAUAACGAGUCAAUUUUUAUUUAUAUAAUUUGUAAAAUAAUAAAAUGUAUAAUCUAUAUAAUAAAAAUUUAAAUCUAUUAUUAUAUUAUAAUUAAAUACUCAAAUUUGUUAUUAGUCAAUUUUACGCGAAAUGCGAAACCAUUUAUCAAAAAAUCAUUUAACAAAAGUAUUUAACUUCUUAUUCAAUCUUUCUAUAUUGACAAAUGUAAUUAGUUUUAUUUACUUUAUUCAACUUUCCAUUUACUAAAUAUUUAUGUAGCACACAUAAUUACAAUUUUCAAUAAAAUCUUUAUUUUUAUCGUCUUUAAAUAUCGUUUUAACAUUUCGCCUUUCACGUGUAUAUUUUUUUUUCUCUCUCUCUUCGAUGACUCCUCUCUGACUUAUAACCGCUAUAUCAUCUUAUCGAUUUCUCUCACUUCAGAACAGUUUGUUUCUUCUUUAUGCAUGCUAAGUUUAUUUUAUUAAUAGCUAUAUUAGCUUAAAAUGCAUAUAUUGUCUAGUAGCAUGUGAUUCAUUUAAUUUUUAUCUUUAUUUGUUAUGUCUGGCAAUAUGAAAAUGAAAAUUAAAUUUAUCGUAAAAAUAAUCAUGUGAUAAGAUGUGUACUGUACAACAACAAUGAAAUUUAAAAA